AGAUCCGGUCAGUUUACUUUGUUAUUAUUCGGUCAUACUUGAUUCUUCUCUUUUUGGCUUUUUAGAGCUCUGUUUUCUUUUCUUCUUCACUUUCGGUGCUUCUGCCAACACCUUCUUAUCUUCCUCUUCUGUUUUAAGUUACAAUGAAGGGUGGAAAAGGAAAAGGUGCAUUGAGAAAAGAAACAAGGUCGGCGUUGAAGCCUGUUGAGGACCAAAAGAUGGGGAAGAGAAAAGCCACGUUGAAGGACGCCAAAAAGAAGGUCACAAAGGAUAAAAAGGCAAAGAAAGAUCCUAAUAAGCCUAAGAGGCCUCCCAGUGCCUUUUUCGUAUUCCUUGAGGAAUUCAGGAAGACAUUUAAAAAGGAGAAUCCUAAUGUGAAGGCUGUUUCUGCUGUCGGGAAAGCUGGAGGAGAAAAGUGGAAAUCUUUGAGUGCAGCUGAAAAAGCACCAUAUGAAGCCAAAGCUGCAAAAAGGAAGGCAGAGUAUGGAAAACUCAUGAAUGCUUAUAACAAUAAGCAGGUGGAAAGCUCAGAUGAUGAGGACGAAGAAGAAAAAGAAGAAGAAAAAGAGAAAAGGUCAAAGCCUGAGGUACAUGAUGAAGAUGCGGAGGACAGUGGACAGGGCGAAGAAGAGGAAGAGGACGAUGAAGACGAAGAGGAUGAAGAUGAUUGAAGCUAUGUAAUUUCUGGCUUGCACCGUUUCCUUGGUCCAUCACAUGCACACUUCAAACAUAAUAGUUUUCGUAAUUCUGUUACCUAAACCUAUGUAUUUUCUGUUACCUAGUUGAGUUUUGCAGUUUGCUGAAACUCUUAACUCUUGUGAACUCAUAUAUAUAUAUAUAUGACGAUAUGUGAUGUGGCAUCUCCCCUUGCUUUGAUUAUUGUACUGUUUGUGAUUGAUA